AUGGAAGUGCAGAACCAGAGCAGCGCAUCUGAAUUCAUCCUCCUGGGACUUGCAGAAACACCAGAACAUGAGUCUCUGCUAUUUUCUCUGUUCCUCUGCAUGUAUGUGAUCACAGUCAUGGGGAACUUAUCAAUAAUCAUGGCCAUCAGCUCGGACUCCCACCUCCACACUCCUAUGUACUUCUUCCUGGCCAACCUCUCCUUGGUUGAUCUCUGCCUGGCUACCAGUACUGUUCCUAAGAUGCUGGUGAGCAUCCAAACCAAGAGCAAGUCCAUCUCUUAUCCUUGCUGCCUGACCCAGAUGUACUUUUUCCAUUUCUUUGGCAUCGUGGACAGUGUCUUAAUAGCUGUGAUGGCUUAUGACCGAUUUGUGGCCAUUUGCCACCCCUUACACUACACCACCGUCAUGAAUCUCUGUCCCUCCUCUGUCCGCACAGCUGUGAAAGAGAAAGCUUCCGCUGUGAUGUACACGGCAGUCACUCCCAUGCUGAACCCCUUUAUCUACAGCCUGAGGAACAGAGACCUGAAGGGGGCCCUGAGGAAGCUCAUUGCCAGAAAGGUCACAUCUUCCUGA